AUGCGUAUAGAUUCGGAUGAAGAAUUCGACGACGACAGGAUCAACAAUCCUGAUCUGGACAUAGUCGAUGAACCUGUUGAUGAGCCCAUUAUUGAGCCUUUUAUUGAACCUAUAGUUCCUUUUGCUCAACCAACUGUCCCAGAAGAACCGAAAGGAAGAAAACUGCCAAAACUUUUACAUCCUGGCCAGUUUGAUGCUAAAGAUGGUCAAAAGUGUUUGGUUUGGAAUAGAUUUGGCAAGAUUGUGGCCAUUGAGAAUGACGACGAUAAUUGUGUGGAGGUAAGUUGAUUUUUUUUGUUUUUGUUAUGUUUUUAGGGUUUGAAGAUGAGGUUUAAUGAUUGAAAGAUAGUGAAUUGAAUGUAUAAUUUGCUGAAAGGCUUGUGAAAGCUAAUUGUAUAGUUAUUAGCUCAAAAAUGUAUUGUUUAUCUUCAAAGUUUUGGCUAAGGCUCUAUAUUCACAUGUUUUGAUUAUAAAUUUUUUUUAAAAAUAGUUAAAGCUUGAAACUUUUAGUAAUUAGCUUGUUUAUUUAGUCAAUUAAUUAGUAUAAAGUUGUUUUAGCUUGUUUAUUUAGUCAAUUAAUUAGUAUAAAGUUGUUUUAGCUUGUUUAUUUAGUCAAUUAAUUAGUAUAAAGUUGUUUGAAAAAUUUUUAAGUUACAGUAAUUAUAUCAUAGCCUACUUUUUUGAAAUAUUUUUGCUUUUUUGUUAAAAGCUCAAAGCAGCUUGUAAAUUACAAAGUUUUAAUUAAUUUUGGGAAGUAUGAAGCAUUCAACUUUGUAAAGUAAUAUUUUAGGUAAUACUUUACAUUUUUCCUGAACUAAUUAUAUUGCUUUAGGUAAAUUUCAAUGACGCGUCAGUUUCUGAAGACUUUGCUGAAGACAACUUUAACUCCAACUAUUGUCUGGCUGAUAUGAAUGCAACCACUGUAGUUUUGGCUUCUAAAAAGAACGAGGACAAGCAAAGUGUGCUCUACGUCCGUAACGUUACAGCAUGGAAUCGGGAAUCUAGAGUUUGGACCAAAGUUAUGCCAGAAAAGGAAGUGAUCAAGGCUUGUGUAUGUGGGCAAGACUUUGUGGCUGUCUACACUGACAUGAGGUUUCUUCGCAUCUACAGUUUGAAUGGUGUUCAACGUCUGGUGAUGUCUGUAGCUAACCAUGUGCAUGCUGUUGUGGCUAGUCAGAAGCAGAUAGCUGUGAUUACGACAAGUUCAUUGUUGGAAGAUGGGGAUAAUGAAGAAUAUCAAUAUAAUGUAGAGAUUAUGGAUGUAAACGUGUUCAAGAGUAAUGUGAUAUCAAGGAGGAACAAGGUUCAGAUUGCUACGAGUUUUGAUUCUGAACUGUCAUGGAUAUCCUUUACAAACAAGGGGCAUCUGGUCACUAUGGAUUCUCUUUUUAUGGUGAGAGUUUUGAACGAAACCAAUCUCUGGAUACCUGUGUUUAAUGGUGCAGACGAACUAAAGGAUAUUGAUGAUAACAUCUGGCCAAUUUAUGUCACCGAACAGCCUUCACCUCAGUUCAGAUACCUUUAUUUGAGGAACAGAAGUCAUCCGAGCUUGAAGAAGACUGAAGUCACUACAGUGUCAGCCUUAAAGCUUCCGAUUCAGACUUCUGAUAACGAGAAAGAAUCAGAAUUGGAGGCUGAGUUGUUGUUGAACGAUUUCUUGACCAAUACCAACAGGAAUUCAGAGCAAGAUGUGUUGAAGUUGCUGAAGGAGCAUUCAGCAUUGAUGAUCAAGUUAUUCAGUGAGGCUUUGAAGGACGGCAAAGAAGGGAAAGCAUUGGAAAUGGCACAACUUUCACGACAACUUCAGACUAUUCAGAUUCUGUGUAACUUUGCUGCUAAGCAGAAUAGGACUGUGCUGAGUGAUAAGGUAUGUUAAUAUAAUGUUUUUAUUAGGGGUUAUAGUUUUUUGUUACCUAAAUUUUUUGGUUUAUAUUCUUUUAGGGGGUUUGGUGGCCCAAAAGUAAAAGUUUUGGGUAAUAGUUAGUUCUAUUUACUUUUUGACCGGUCUAACACAAAGUAGAAAGGAUCAUUAACAAGAUUUUGAUCUAUCUUAACACGAAGUUUAAUAAAAAUACCUUCAGGUCGCAGAAGUCGGAAGAACUUACAAAGAGAAUCCACAAAAAGAGAACAGAGCUACACCUUCAUCAACAACAACAACUCCAGCACUAAAACGAAUGGAAUUGAAGAGAAGAACGACAAUCCUGCCUGAUGUUAAUAACACUACAGAGUCUUUGGAUAUCUCGAUGAAUGUUUCUGUAGAUACGAAUGUUCAGACUUUUAAUGAUGCUACUGCUCCAGCUCCAUUGAAUCCGUUUAAGGUAAGCAAAUGUAAAGUUGUUAUGAGUUAAAUUUUGGUAUAAUAUUGGGAUUUAUGGGUUAAUAAGAGUUGGGAUUUUAAAGUUAUUAAGGUUUACUUUAAGAAAUUCGGGUAUUAUUGGUUGGUUUUGGGUUUUAUAGAUAUUAAAAUGCCUUGGAAUGCUGCACGGUGCAAAUUUAAAAAAUGAAAAAAAAAAUUUUUUGUUUAAAUUUUAAUUUUGGAAAAAUUAUAUUUUGAGAAUGAAAAAAUGGGUAACGUAUGGUAAGGAAAAUUUUGUAAAAUAUAAUAUCAAAAAAAUGGCAAAAAAAUUGAAAAUUUCCAAUUCGAUUGAUUAGGUGACGUUUUACAAUCAGUUUUUGAAAAUUUUAAAUGUAUAAUAAUCUUUUUUCCAGCGACAAAGCGCCUUUGGAGACAAAUCUCCAGAAAAGAAAAAGUCAAAAGAUUUGUUUGGAUCUCUGAUGAAAUAA